AUGGAAUCGCCUUUUGGAUGGUGUUUUGCUACCAACGAAGAGAAGUAUGGGUAUGCCGUAGUAUCAGAAUACUACGGACGGGGCCUAUUCAACAAGCUGACAGUGGUGACCGAAGGUGGGGCCACUGAGCAGACACAGCCGGCCCCGGCUCCUACACCCGCAGCAGCGGUUGUCCCGCCUGCGCCUGCGCCAGUACAGAACACCUACGGUCCUGGCGCAGAGGCCAAACUUAGACUGCAAGAGGGUCAAAGCAAACAAAUAUUCGUUGCUAACACCGCCAAGCAGGUUGCACCAAAAGGCACAACCGUAAUCCCAAUGCCCGAAGGAAAAAUGCGCUUACUCGAGCAACAGCGAUACAGUUCAAGUUUGGAAGCGAAUCUAAAUAAACUCGAGCCGGUCCACAAGCCAUCACCAUACGCCUCGCCUAUUGCAACUAAGAAACGAUUCGAGGAUAAACCUAGAAGUACAGGAGUGUCGCCUAAGAUUCAGACGAUAUCGACGGCUAUUAGCAAUAGUAGUGCGAAAAACCCGUUUGAAGAUGACCCCUACGAUGAAACUAAGAACCCGUUUGCGGAUGAAGCAACGGAUGUUACGAAUCCGUUCAAUGAUGAAGAUGAUGACUACGACAAGAACAAAAAUCCUUUCUCGUGA